AUGGUCAACUUCGAGACUGAUCCGUGCUCCUUCAGCGACAUCACAAAAAUUCGGACAAAAUCAAUCCAUUUCGACUGGAAUGUCGACUUUUCCCUCAAGCAGGUCAGAGGGUCAGCGGAACUGACUUGUGAUGUGCUCGAAGAAAGCCUUUGUGCAUUCAUUCUCGAUACUCGAGAGCUCGAUGUUCAAAAAGUCCUCAUCGACGGAAAGAAAAUGAAGUUUUCGUUCGGCGAAGCUGGCCAAAAUGGCAAAACAGAAGCGCUUGGAAAACCCCUGAUUAUUGAUCUUCCUGAUGAACCACCACGAAAAGGGGAAGAUCUUAUUGUCAAGAUCUUUUACAACACGACGGAGAAAUGUUCGGCUCUUCAGUGGCUUAAUAAAGAACAGACCGCUGGUGGAAAACACCCUUACAUGUUCUCCCAGUGCGAGGCGAUUCACGCUCGAUCUCUUUUUCCUUGCCAGGAUUCUCCUGGAGUGAAGUUUAGGUACACAGCCAAGGUUUCCGUCGCCGCCUCUCUUGUCGCCUUGAUGAGCGCCAAUCUCCAAGAUGAAAAGACAGAAAGAACAGAUAUCAUCAACAGAUUUUAUUUUUCUCAAAAUAUUCCAAUAUCCAGCUAUUUGGUCGCUAUUGCGUGUGGCAAGUUGGAGAGCCGGAAAAUUGGCCCUCGAUCGCGAGUUUGGUCGGAAAAGGAGCUCGUUGAAAAGGCUGCUUUUGAAUUUUCGCAGACAGAAGAGUUCAUCAUGACGGGCGAGUCUCUCCUCGGCCCAUAUGUUUGGGGAAAAUACGAUAUUCUCGUCCUUCCUCCUUCGUUUCCUUAUGGAGGAAUGGAAAACCCUUGUCUCACUUUCGUCAGUCCAGCUCUUCUUGCCGGAGACAAGUCUCUCGCCUACGUCGUUGCGCACGAAAUCGCGCACUCUUGGACAGGAAAUUUGGUGACUAACGUAAACUGGGAGCAUUUCUGGCUCAACGAAGGACACACACGCUUUGUCGAGCGCAAGAUCGUGGAGAAAAUUUAUGAUAAGCCGACUGCAGAGCUCUUGGCGAUAAUUGGCUGGACAGGAAAGGUACACUCUUUUAUGGUCAAAGUCGUCUUCUUUGAUUUCAACAAAGAGCAUGACUACACGAAACUCGUGAUCCAAAAUGACGGCUUCGUUGACCCAGAUGAGUCUUUUUCCCGGAUCCCGUACGAGAAAGGCUUCGCCCUUCUUUACCACCUACAGUCACUCCUAGGCGUUUCGAAGUUUGAAGCCUACAUCGAGAAGUUCUCAUACGGAGCGCUUGAUACUCAAGAAUGGAAAGACUUUCUUUUCGAGCACUUUUCUGCUUCAGAAAAAGAUAACGCCAUUUUAAAUACAGUCGACUGGGAUGGUUGGUUCAACGGCACAGGCAUGCCUCCUGUUCCUAAGCCACAGUUUGAUACGAGCCUACAGGAUGUUUGCACCGCCCUGGCGAAAAAAUGGCGGGCAGGUUAUGCUACUCCAUCAGCAAAUGAUAUUUCUUCAUUCAAUUCCGCCCAGCUUAAAGAAUUCCUCGACCAGCUAGUUGCUGACAGCUCGUUUUCUCCAGAUCAGAUUCAGCAAAUGUCCGUCAUUUACAAACGCAUAUCGGAGUCGCAGAACUCGGAAGUUCGUUUUCGAUGGAUUCGCCUCGGCCUUCAAUCGCGAUUCAAGCCAGCUAUUGAUGAUGCUUUUGCGAUGUUCACUGAACAGGUGAAUUAA